AUGUCCUCAGACACCCCCACCAAACCCGCCUUCAAAGCCCGUCUCCUCAAGCUCCUCCGCCUAUGCACUCGACCUGCCGUCAUGCUUCCCUCUCUGGGCAUCAUCGGCCUCAUACUCGUCAUCACACUCACCGUACUCCUCCCGCAAAAUGUCCACUCCAUCGAAAUCCCCGGCGCGGACAACAACCACAACUACCAAGUCGCCGUCUCCCACUUCCCCUUGACAGAUUCCACAAAGAAGGAUGCUUACCACCCUGAUGGAGACCGUAGGAUCAUGGUUAGCUUGUACAUGCCUGUACCCAGGAAACAGUGUUCUGCAAUGGGCACGCAGGAGUAUAUGCCGCCGCAAACCGCGAAGAUAGCAAACGAGCAGUUUGUUGAAGGCAACGAGCGUGACGCCGGUGUCUUUGAAACAAUGACAUACUCGUCUUGCGUUAGUAGUAAUGGUGGGGGCGGCGGCGACGUCAGCAAAGUCCCCGUCGUAGUCCUGGAACCACACGUCGACACGAGCAGGUUGAUGUACUCGACAAUGGCGCGCUACAUCGCGGCUAAUGGCGCUGCGGUCGUAGUCAUCGACCACCCUGGCGACGCGUCAAUUGUCCAAUUCACGUCUUCGCGUACCCGCGAUUUGGAAAUAGUUUAUAACAGCGGGACAGUGCCUUUGUCAAAUUUAUCUCCUAUUGCGGAGUAUAACCAAACCGUCGAAACCGCAGUCGAAACACGCAUAUCCGACAUCGCAUUUACUCUCUCGCAAAUCAACAGCACUUCCCUACUAACCCGCCAAUUCCCUUCCCUCCACUUCACGGGCUCGCUCAACACAGAGUCUUACGGUAUCAUUGGCCACGGUCUCGGCGGCACAGUCGCAACCUCCCUCGCCCUCUUCCCCAGCCUCCUCUCCCCAACCCUCCCCAACACUACAAACUCCCCCACAGCGCGCUUCUCCAUCUCCCUCUCCGGCACACCGCCCCCUCUCAACACUUCCACAAACAACACCCCCCUCUUCUUCUUCGGCCGCGCAGACUUCCGCCGCGAACACGACAUCAACUGGCCGACCACAUGGUCGCACCUCACGGGUCCAGCGACUGAAUUCGAUCUCGACGACUCUGCUAUUUUCGAUGCGAGCGAUCUCCCUCUCGUUGUUGAGCUAGCGCGCGUGGAAGGAGGGAAAACGGGGGCGGUGGGGAGGGGGCUUAGUGGGAAUAGGCCGGCGGAAGGGGCGAGGGCGGUGAUUUGCUUUUUGGAGAAUAUUGUCAAGGAGAUGGUGGGGUAA